AUCUUCAAAAAGAAAAAAAAAUAUCUUCAUCUAGAGCUUUACUGAACAAAACACAUCAUGUAAUGAUGUCAAGUGUGUUAUCUGUCCUUUUUUUUAAAAAACAAAAUAUUAUCUUGUCAUGUACUCAUUGGCCCAAAUCAUGUCAUUUUAAAUUCUGUUAUAGUGAAUCUCUGUUACAGUUGAUGUCUGUUAUCUGUGUUUGCUAUACCGGUCUGUACAGUGCAUGAACACACACAGUGGUAUCUGCAUAGCAUUUAAAAUAUUUGAUAGAAUUUCUAGAAAACUAUAUCUUCAUCCCUAAAUGAAGUAAUGAAUUCUGUACAUUUGUGGCUAAACAAAGGUAACAGGCUAGAUCUAUGUCAUGGUGUGCCUCAUGCUGCACUGUUCUCAAAGACUUUGUUAAACAAGCCAAGCUACUUCCCUUUAGCUCUACUUGACACAGUCUCAAUGUUAACAAAUUGCAAGAGUCAGACAUGAAAGUUUUUGAGGUUUAUGGUCAAGUCAUUGUUAAUGUGCAAGUAUAGGCUGUAACUGCAAUGUUUGGUCUGCUGAGCAUUGAAACAUGCAAAACCCAAGCUAUGAUGCAGAUUUAAACCCAGGGAUAGACCAUUCAGAAGAAAAACUUAACACUACUAAGAAAAAAAAUAAGAUAAGCCAAUUUAAUGAUGCCUCUCUAAAGUCAAGGGAUAAGCUUAAGAAAUCUUUAGAUGCCAAAGCUGCAAAGGACAGUAAUGAUGAUAACACUUCCUUCACAAUGUCAGACUCUGAAACUGCUUUAGAUGGUCAGUUAAAAAAUGAUAGAAAAAAUGUCAGUAAACUGCGACAAGAAUUAUACUUGAAGAAUGAAAGUAAAGAUAAUGCUUCUUUACCAGAUGUUUAUCUGGAAAAAUCCCCAGAUAACACUGACAAAAUUAUGGAUUAUGGAUUUAAGAAGCGGACAAAUGGAGAAACUAGAGAAUUAACAAGCCCCAUCAGUUUUGUCAAUAGUGAAUACUUGUCAAAUGGACCAUCUAUCGAAUACAGAACUGGGCGUCAGUCAGUUCCUAUUUUCAGUCAUAAAAGUUAUGUUUCAUCAGAGGUAGAUUACAGUCAACAACAAUCUGGUUCAUUUCCAUAUAAUUCAGGGAAGAAAUCGUCUAAGGCAGCUAACUCUAAUCAUGUUCUGAAAAGGGUUGUUGGAAAAGAAGCCAUUGACUUAUUUUACCAACAAAAGCUGCAACGUCCAAGCUCAGCAGCACAGUUCCUGAAAGACUCCACGAAUGUAAAUAGUAAAAGUCCCAUGACCGUUCAGCUUGGUACGGGAAAAUAUGGCAGUGAUAACAUGCUUCAUAUGUGCCAGAACUCCUUGUAUAGAAAUGAAAAAGAUUCUUCUGGGACCAUUAGCAAAGUUGUAUCUAUUAACCCUACUAGAAACAAUGCAAUAUGCCAGGAAGAUACUGACUCCAUUACUUCAGUCAAACAUCUUGAAGCUAUUAGUUCUGUUUUAUUAGACACUGGUAGUAGCCAAGGCUUGGAAGAUAGCUUGUUGCAAAGUCAGUCAGAGGAAAACUCAGAGAAGACACCGCUGCUUGACAAAUCUAAAACAGAUUCAAGAACUCAUGUCUACGCCAAGCGAUGGUAUCUCUUGUUACUCUUCUCAAUAACAGCCAUGCUAUGGAGUGCAGUGUGGUCAACCUGGGGUCCUAUUGCCCAGUCGGCUAAAGACGUGUUUGGAUGGGAUGAUGGUGUGAUUGCCAUGAUGACUUGGCUAGGAAAUAUUCCAUUUCUGGUUACCAUGUUUCCUAUAGCCUAUUUGAUGGAUGUAAAAGGCAUGCGCAUAGCAAUGAUCCUGUGUUGUGGGCUUAUUUUCCUUGGAGCUGGACUGAGGUGUAUCCCCUGUGACAAUGCAACAGCAACUUGGCUCAUAUAUGGUGGACAACUGUUGAAUGGAAUAGCAGGAACAGUCCCAAUGAGUGGGUCAGCUUUGCUCUCUGGCCUCUGGUUCCCUUCCAAUCAGCGAGCUUCUGCGACCGCUAUAUCAACAAUAUCAGGGUAUCUGGGAGCAAGUGUUUCUUUUGUAAUUGGUCCAUUGUUUGUUCCUGAGGAUGAUUCAUCAGGCAAUGAAACAACAGGAAUAAUAAGUUCAAAUAGUUCAGAUUCAGACAUUACAGACCAGAAGUCUCAUAUAUAUUAUAUUUUAUAUGCUGAAUGUGGAGCCGCUGGUCUGAUACUUUUUCUUGUGCUUCUGUAUUUCCCAUCCAAGCCAGAACUGCCUCCAAGUAUAUCAGCCUCCAUACCUAGGGAGAAAUAUUUAGAUGGGCUGAAAAUGCUUGUCAGAAAUAAACAGUUUUGGAUAACUGCAAUAGCUUUCAGUUUCCCUGCGGGUGUUUAUGAAGCUUGGCAGGUUGUGUUGGAUGUCAACUUGGAUCCUAAAGUUUCACAGAGCACUGCUGGUUGGAUGGAUUUCUAUGCAACUGUUGGAGGCUGUUGUUCAGGAAUGCUAGUCUCUAGGUUUGCUGAUUACUUCACCAGGCAGAUCAAAUUAUUUCUUCUAGUUUUCUACUUCCUGGCAGCUAUUGUAUUUCUCUGGUGCACCUUUAUAGUAACAGAUAUACUACCAUUUGAUAUAGUCAGUCUGUAUGCAGCUAUUAUUCUUGGUGGUGUAUUCCUGGAUGGCGGAGGGCCAUUGUUUUUUGAACUGGUGGUAGAAGUCUCCUACCCAGUGGGUGAAGGUGUGACCUCUGGUUGUGUACAAAUGAUCUGUUCUUUAGCAGGGAUCAUAUUUCUCAGUCUCGUACAAGUUAGUCCAACAGACAAACAGUGGAUGAACUGGUGCUUCUUCAGUGUUAUAGCCAUGGCCAUUCCUCUGCUUUUCCUUGUCAAGGCCAAUUAUGGCCGAGCAGAUGUCGAUGACUUGGAGGUGUCAGUUGAGGAAGAAACACAGUCUGUCAAUCCAUAACAAUGAGAGAAAACUGCCAUUCUGCAGAUAGAUUCACUGAAGAAGUUGUAUACAAUUAAUCUAUUACAAUUUUUAUUAGAUCAAAAUAUUACACCCCCCCCCCCC